CUGUGAAGAGUGAGGAGUGAGGAGUGAGGAGUGAAGUGUUUUCUUUUCAGCACAGAAAGCAAAGUGAACUUCUUUCCUCAACUUCAAUGGCAACCAUCACUUUCUCUCUCUAGAACUUGUGAGUUGCACAGAAAUUAAUGGAGUUCGAUCUUGAGAAUCCAUUGACGAGCUUGGAGGAACAUCAAAUUGAUACUGUUCCAUCUCUAUUCGCCAACGAAUCGGAUCUCAUGCCCUCACCUACCUUCAAUGCCGGCGACUUCCGCGUCUCUGUACGCCGACAAGCCAUUUCUCUCAUCUCACAGGCACAAUUCUCUUGCAACUUUGACGACUACAUCUCCUACCUCGCUAUUAAUUACAUCGAUCGCUUCAUCUCCAAACAAGAAAUUCCGCAAGGAAAGCCAUGGAUCUCAAAGCUCCUUGUUAUCUCUUGCCUUUCUCUUGCAGCGAAGAUGAAGAACACCGAUCUCUCACUCUCAGAUUUACAGAGAGAGGAAGGUUUCAUCUUCGACGCUCAAUCGAUUCAUCGAAUGGAGCUUCUCAUUCUCGCGCGUCUCAAUUGGCGAAUGCGUUCCAUAACGCCUUUUUCAUUUCUCCAUUACUUCCUAUCGUUUUUCGAGCUCGAAGAUCCGCCAUUGAUUCAAGCUCUCAAAGACAGAGCUUCAGAUAUAAUAUUCAUAUCUCAUAAUGAAAUCAAACUUUUAGAGUAUAAACCAUCGUUAAUCGCAGCAUCGGCUCUUCUCUGUGCAUCUCAUGAGCUAUUUCCCUCGCAAUAUAUGUGUUCCAGAACUGCCAUCUCCUCUCUGGACUAUGUAAAUCAAGAGAAGUUGGUGAAAUGUUUGAGUGUAAUAGAGGAGAGUGUAAUGGUCGGGUACGAGUACGCGCUUGAGGCAGUAUCGAGUACUACAAAGACGCCAAUAAGUGUGCUGGGCCACCAUUGUACAACCAGUGAAAGUGAGAACACCACCACAGGCCAUAAUUUAACGGCAGAUAGAGACAACAUCAAACGGCGAAAAUUGAAUGGUUUUUGCAGCGAACAUGCGUUCCAGCUUUCGCAGACACAGCAAUGCUGAGAUUUUCUGCGACAAGGUACAGCUUUAAACAACUAGCCAUCAUCAACAUGAGAGAAAUCAACGGCUCACUCACUCACAGCCUUCGAGGUCAAAUCACCAUUAAAAGAAAAUAAAAUUCUGAGAAAUGUUACUACAAAGUUUGUUGUGUUUUUAAUUUUUAGGGGCAGAGGAGAGUACAAACAAUGUAUUGAUACGAUAAUAAUUUUGUUGGAAGGACCAUAACAAUGUGGACAAGAGAAAAUGUGUAUUUUUCCGUACUUCCAUGUGCAGUCAACUCAUGGAAGGGAACAAGCCGAACAGAAAAUUUUGGGAUUUCCCGAGAAAAAUAAAUGCGGGUAUAAAAUGGCGGGAAAGAAAAUACAGGUGCGUGGCGUGGAUAAGAAAGAGGAAGCUUCGAAGUCACGUAGCUUUCUGAAAAUUGUAGUAUCUUUGUCGAAGGGAUACGCCAUUAAUAUUUUUGAAAGCAACGGCCACUCAUACGUAUGUGUAUUUGCAAUUCCGCAUACCUAGUUAAAAUAAUGCUAUAUAUAUAUAUAUUAUACGUAUGUAUAUACUACGUCCUUAUAAUGUAGACAAGGCUUUUUAAGUUUUUAGA